AUGUCAAAGAUUCUCGUUAUUCUUCUCUGUUUUGCAAUUGCUUUAGUAUCAUGCUUACCGCCUAGACCAGAUUUCCCUAUUGAUGACUUGUGUGAUAAAUACAGAGAGAAGUGUGCUUCUAGAGGCAAGAACAUCUUCUGUAAGCAAAGGACAGAGGAAUGCCGAUUGUAUGCCUCUAAGGGUUUGGAUAUUGCAUGGAGUUUCUGCAUGUUCUCAAACACUGAUGAUCUGGUAGCUUGCAAUAAGCGCAUCCAGAUCGAUUAUGAGAUCAUAACAAAUACCGUCAGAGACGACAAGUUCAAAUACGAUUUCGCAUAUUAA